AUGGAAAAGCUCCGAGGCGCCGAAACCGUUGCGACACAACGUCUCCGCAAAACAUUCAAGUACCCCUCUGAAUCCGACGACGAAGAUGCCGUAGAAGCAGGAAUGGAUGAACAAGACCGCGCAGCCCUCGUCCAAACCCUAAGCGCACACGAUACAUCCACAACCCACAAAUAUACGCUCUUCCUGCUCGUCCUUCCUCUACUCCCCAUCCUCCUCUACAUUCCCCGCCUAUUCUCGCUUUCCACGUUCCUCCCCAGCAUCGCCGCGAUAGCAAGUUUCCUCGCCUCAGCAUACACUCUGUACUUUCUCCCGCUCCCACCCAACAAAGGCGCGAUAAUCGACAACAACAACAACGCCGCGUCUGCGCGCAAAACGAAGAAUAAACCCAGGAUUGGGAUCUACGACAAGACGCCUAGCUGGGAGAAGACGACGGAAAAGAGCGUGAGGAGGCCUGUGCCGUAUAUUUCGGAGACUACGGCGGAUGCGAUUGCGGAUAAUAUUAUUACGGUGAAUCGGGCGCUAUGUGGAAUCCUCGCUCUGUCUGAGGUCUGGAUAGAACGAGACUGGAGCCAGGGGUUCAUGGUGGGCGGAGGCUUCUUGCCCGGUCUCAUUUGCUUCGUGGUAUUAUGGGCGAGGACAGAGUUGAGAAUCAUCGAUAUGGAUGCGCUCGAGGAGCUGAACAACAAAGCUGCUGGACAAUCUAAAGCCAAGUAG